AAAUCAAAAACCAGUUUUUUCUUGUUUUUGUUUGCAGUUGGUGACGCCAAAAAGAUGGAGCUAGAACCCAAGGAAUCACUCUCUGCUGACAUGCCAUACUUGCUGAGUAGAUCAUCUGAAACUUUUAAUGGAGGCAGUGGAGAUCGUUCUGCAAGUGAUCUGAGCAUGUUCUCAAGCUCUUUGCCCACACUUUUUCAUGAAAAGCUGAAUAUGACUGAUUCAGAUAGCUGGCUCUCACUUGAUGAUAACUCACCCAAUCUGAACAAACUUGUCAUCGGAAACUCUGAGAAGGAUUCUUUGGAAGAUGUUGAACCAGAUUCUCUAGACAUCUUGCUCCCCGAGGAUGAAAACGAGCUCCUUCCUGGCCUCAUUGAUGAGCUUAACUUUAACGGUCUGCCUGAUGAGCUUGAAGAUCUCGAAGAGUGUGAUGUUUUUUGCACUGGAGGGGGUAUGGAACUGGAUGUUGAGUCCCAAGAUAACCAUGCUGUUGAUGCGUCCGGGAUGCAGAUAUCUGACCGUGGUGCUGCAAAUGCGUUUGUUCCUCGUAAACGCCCCAAUACAACUGGCAGAGUUUCAGUAGAGCAUCCAAACGGUGAACAUCCUUCAAGGACAUUGUUUGUGAGGAAUAUCAACAGCAGCGUCGAGGAUUCUGAGUUAAGCGCUCUCUUUGAGCCGUUUGGGGAGAUCAGAAGUUUGUACACUGCAUGCAAAAGCAGGGGUUUCGUAAUGAUAUCCUACUAUGAUAUCCGAGCUGCUCAUGCCGCAAUGCGUGCACUACAGAACACGCUCUUAAGGAAAAGGACAUUGGACAUUCACUUUUCCAUUCCUAAAGAAAAUCCGUCAGAGAAGGAUAUGAAUCAAGGAACUCUUGUGAUCUUUAACGUGGACACAACAGUAUCAAAUGAUGAGCUACUUCAGCUUUUCGGUGCCUAUGGUGAAAUAAGAGAGAUUAGAGAAACCCCGAAUAGGAGAUUCCACAGGUUCAUUGAGUACUAUGAUGUCAGAGAUGCAGAGACAGCCCUGAAAGCACUGAACAGAAGCGAGAUAGGUGGAAAAUGUAUAAAGCUCGAACUUAGCCGUCCUGGAGGGGCCCGUCGAGUCUCGGUCCCUUCCGCAAGUCAAGAUUUGGAAGUUACGAAUUUCUUCAAUCAAGUAGCGUCACAGGUUACCAAUUCUCCACCAGGUAACUGGCCAAUUGGUAGUCCAGUGAAAGGCUCUCCUUCGCAUGCGUAUCCGAGGCCACAUGGUCUAGGAAUCGCCAGGCCAUUUAACCCCGAUAAUGUGCCCGGAUUGGCUUCGAUUCUCCCUGGUCAGCCUUCUAGCUUUCAUGGAUUUUCACCAGUCAGUAGUGACCAAGGGCUAUUAAAUCAUCCAAACCAAACUAUUCUGAAUAAAGGACUGAUGCACAACGUUCCCUAUGGGCAACCUCAUUCGUUGCCAGAGCAUAUAGGAGGGGGAAUUUCCAACUCUAUGAGGUUUAUAGCUACACACUCUGCAGGAUUCGGGACUUCGUCUGAUAACCGCUAUCGUUGGGGAAGCCCUCCUCAGCAUAUGAAUUAUCCUGGUUACACUGGAGGUUCGUCGUCGUCAUCAUCUACUGAACGUCCUUUUGCUGUGAGGCAUGGUUUUCCGUUUGCUGAGAGGCAAGGUUCGUUGCUUGGUAAAUACCAGCAUCAUGUGGGCUCUGCUCCAUCAAGCAUUCAUUUUAAUACCCAAGUUAGUUGCUACCCGGGAUCACCAGAGACAUCAUCUCGGAUACCCCUUGGAUUUGGCGAUAUGGGAAUCAACAAAAGCUAUAUCAAUCCUCAUGGACAAGCGAACCUUGGUGUGAGUCUACAAGGAAACCAUAAUGAACGAGACUUCACUGGCUUUGGCGUGUCCUCUAUGCCUAGUGUUCCAUUUGGUGGGAUUAGAGGCUUACAAUCAGUAAGACAUGAACCUUUUGCUGAUCACAGUAGGAGCCUACACCUUGAGACUCAGAAUCGAAGUCAACUCGUCGAUGGUGGGCGGUAUCAUAUUGACUUGGAUAGAAUUGCUACUGGAGAUGAUAGCCGGACUACAGUAAUCAUUAAAAACAUCCCAAACAAGUACACUUACAAGAUGCUGGUAGCUGAAAUUGAUGAAAAGCACAAGGGAGAUUAUGACUUUCUGUGCUUACCCAUAGACUUUAAGAAUAAGUGCAACAUGGGUCACGCUUUUAUCAACAUGGUCUCUCCACUGCACAUUGUUCCCUUCCAACAGACUUUCAAUGGUAAAAUAUGGGAAAAAUUCAACAGUGGGAAAGUUGCUUCAUUGGCAUACGCAGAGAUCCAAGGAAAGUCUGCUCUUGCUUCAUACAUGCAGAAUCCAAGUCCUACGAAGGACGAAAAACAUUUGUUUCCAGAAGUCUCCCACCACCAUGAUGAUGGUCAAGACUCCGAUGAUCAGGAGCAACUCUUUUCAAGCAUUUGGAACAUAACCGCGCCUGAUUCAGAUUGGUCUUACACAAUGGAUCUCAUCGAGAAUCCGAGGGAGAAUGUUAACUCCAAGAACAUAGCAGAAGAGUCCUCUUAAACCCCCAACUAAAACCAGUAGCUGGGAACUCUAACCCACCAUCAAAGGUAAGUGUACAGAUCAGGCGCUGAUAUGGAAGAAGCAUAUGUACAGUAUCGUCCAAGGCUUGUUUUUCCUCGGAACAGAGUAACCGUUUUUUAGGGAUUACUUCACACGGAAAAAAAUAAAAUAAAUCUAAAAACAUCCCUUUUAGUAGUACAUUACGUUAAAUACUUUAUUCAAAACUGCUCCUUAUCUGUAAUGUGUAUAUCCUCAUGUCCAUGUGAAAGACAUGAUCAGUGUUUAAUUAGUUGUUUCAUUACAACAGACUUGUUAUAAGUCUCUGUCUCAAUUAGUUACCAUUAGGUCCAUUACUAUUACAAAACCGUUACACGUCUAUCUCUGUGUAGUAGACAUUUCUCCAUGGCAUCAAUGGCGGAUCAGUCUCUUCUUCAACCUCUCCUAGCCAAUCCCAACACAAAUGGCUCAGCAUCGCGAUCAGAUUCUUGCAUUCUUUUACGGCUGAUCUCUGUAAUUAUCGUCGGAGCAAUCUCCUUGUGGGCAAACCACGAGGCAUCAAAAGGUUUCUCCAUAACUAUCAUCAAUGAAGCUAAAGAUUCUCCUUCCGGUAAAAGAUUCGCCCUUUUCUUCGAAUUGGAUGAUACCGCGGUGCGGAUCUUGCUCGAUACGAGCUUCUUUGUGGAGAGAUUUCUCUACGAGAGUGUUCCUCAUCGUCUCCGGAAGCCUGUAAACCACGUGACCGUCAGAUUCUGUGGAAACAGCAGUGAUGGAGUCGAGAAGGUCACGGUAACUUCCGGUGCAAGUCAUGGAGAGAUUUGGUUAUGGGGAGACAAGUCAGGAGCCUUGCCGGAGCUUGUCACCGGAAUAGUGGAGUAUUUGGCCGUGGAGGGAAGAGAACGGCGUCGUUUUGAUGAGUUAGGUGGGUAUUGGAAGGAUAAGGAGUCUGUGUCUGUGGUUAGGUUCUUGUGUUACUGUGAAAGACGUAGCGAGGGGUUCAUCAGACGGUUGAACCAUGGGAUGAGAUUUGGGUGGGAUGAUCGGACGGUGUAUCUAGCUUCGAAUGGUGCGUGUGAUUCACGCAAGGUUGUGUUGCGUAAGCGAAUUAGCGACGACAGUGGAUUUGAUAAUUGAGAGACGAACAUGAUUGGUUUAUCGUGCUGUCGUAUUGUAGCACACAUGGCUCCACGUCAUUAUUCAUGUACUAUAGUAUAAUUCAACACCCUUUUUGUGGAAAUGAUUUUUUUUUGUUCUAUCAGAUAUUGUAAUAUAAUGGAUUUUAUAUGUUUGUUAGAUUUGUUAAUUAUUGGAGUCCAAUUUUGGUGGC